AGAGAGUAUAGCCCGCGAUGAUAGUGAUGCGAUUGCUGAAGGUGAAUGAGUUGUACGACUUUGUUGUAGUGAUGAGAUGUGUUUCAUAUUCUAAGAACUUGGUAGCUGGUUGAUUUUUCCGCUGAUCAUGAAUAAGGCGCUCGAUGGAGUACAUGAUUGGGUUGUUGAUGGUUUGCGAUGUGUUGUUCUUCCGACAAGGUUCCAUUGAUGGAUUCGGUUGUUGAGUAGCUCCAAAACAUGAAGUUCAUCCUGGGAACCGUAGCUUUGCUAGCUGGACUCGGUGUGGUCCAAAACAAUCCUACCAGGUUCAAAAAAUCGUCAUCAAUCGGCCAGUUUUCCGCUAUCAAUUAUGUCCAAGAUGACCUUCAAGCUUUUACCAACCAACAGCUGGAUAAAUCGUUUGACUUUCUGGUUCUAUCGGCCAAACUUGGUAGAGCCACACGGCCCGGGUUCCAGAAACUGUAUCGCAAGAUCUCCGACCAGGCUUGGAAAGACACAGCGAAGCUGAUCAAAUACCAGAGCAAACGUGGUCUCUCUGUCCAGAUAAAUGCACCCAAAGACAAAGUUUUGAAUACAAUGAACAAUGGCAAGUACAAGAAUCAACCGGUGUUCGAUUUCCGCGAAGAAUCCUUGGAGCUAGCUGUCGAUUACGACCAGUUUCUGGCCGAAGAGAGCCACCGCAUUCACAGGAAGAUUUCCCAAGCCCAAGACUCCGAGGGAUCCAGGUACGAUCCAGAUGUUGCCCAUUUCCUCGAUGAGCAGUUCAUCCAGCCCCAGAGUGACACGAUCCGCAAGCUGGCAGGCUAUUUCUACAAACUGCGCCGCAUUACCGACGAUACCCUCAUCAAGCGUCUAGUCAUACACUCGUUUGACGACUACCUGAAAAAGGUGGAGUAGGAACAAAUAUUGUCUGGUUAAUAAAACUAUGUGGCAAAGCUG